AUGGCAUUGAAUCCUACUCCCCUUAUCGUCUCUUUGGUCUGCGUGUGCCUGAUCGCGCCUCCCCAGUACCAGAUAUCUUAUAGCCAUCUGAGCAUGCUCGGGGCCAGCAAACACCGGAUAUUGGACGACUACCCGGGAGUCGCCGCCGUACUCCCGACUUCUUCCAAGGUUGGCAAUGUCCGCAUCACCGUCGAAGGGUGGAUGUCCUUCUUAGUCACGGCUCCUGCUGCAGUUUUUGCCGCCUUCGCUUUAGCUGCGCCUGCUUCGCCAGCGGUCUCCGUCUCAGUUGGAGUUGAGGUCGAGCGCAGGUUGGGUGCCACGGUCCACACCACCAACUGCAUCUUCCUCCACAACUAUGAAGUCAUCCAAGGACCUGGUGUGGAAAAGAAGGGGAACAUUAAGCGUGACAUUAUGAGGACCGUAGUUCCGUCAUCGCCAACCAGCAAAGCAGAUAUGCCAAAGGAGAAGGAGGAAGGAGAGGAUACGGUGCCAAAGAAGAGAAACAAUCUAUCCAUUUCCAAAUGUAUAUCAGCGCCAGAUGAUGACUCCUUCUCCUACAACUUCACCGUCACCGAUUUCGACAGCUCCGAGGACGAGGAAGCCAAGACAGACGAGGCAAAUGAUCUGCUCGAGUGCCCAACCUGGAAAUGGAGUACAAGUCGCCAAAUGGCUCUUGCUGCCAUUCAGAUGGGACGUGAUUAA